CCUGUGCAUACAAAGUGCAGCCAACAAAAACAAUAAGAAUAAUAUUAUGUAAAAAAAUAUCCCGACCGAUAACGAAAGUGCGCAGAAUUGUGCUAAAAAUAUACAAAAGGUGAUUUCCGUCAGCCGGUGCCUAAUGUACCGGGAUCUUAAAAAGCCUACCAGAUAAAAUGCUACAACUUUAGGACUCGGUGCAGCGAUAAAAGCACAACCAGAAGGCACCAAAACCAGAUAUGCUUUCAACCAAUUUUGCACGAUUAGCGGAAACUGUAUUGAGUUCCGCAAAGACUGGAUCGAACUUCCGAUUCUGUUACAGAGCAGUUGCGAGUCGCACAUUCCUGAGUGCACCUCAAUGCUACAAACACAACGAUAGCAACCGGAAGCGGGUUUUCACAGCAGCAAAAUGUCUGCCAGCUGAUACGAAGCGAUUUUAUUCUUCAUUGAAGAAGCCGGAAGAAUUUCCCAUCAAAUCUGUCGAAGGGGCGGAAAUUUUGCAAAAUGUGCUGGAAAAGAACAAACAGCUACUGCAGGAGCGAAAGAACGUCAUUAUACAAGACAUUCGGGUGCGCAAGGACAAGGUCAAGGAACGUGUGGAGGAGGUAAUCGAGCGGGAGAAUGUGGCGACGAUUCCGAAUCUGCUGUGUAUCGGCCGUAUCGUGAUGUCCCCCUACCUGGGAUACGUAAUUGUGCAAUCGGACUUUCGCCUUGCCAUGGGAAUGCUGGUUUUUGCCGGACUGACUGACCUUGCGGAUGGAUUCAUCGCGCGGCAAUGGCCUAGCCAAGCCAGCCGGCUGGGUUCCUUUUUGGAUCCAAUGGCAGAUAAAAUACUGGUUGGUGCUCUGGUUAUUUCGAUGAGUUACGUAGAGCUACUUCCCCUGUGGCUCUCAGGUAUGAUCCUGUUCCGCGAUGUAUUUCUGAUCGGAGCGGGAUUCGUUAUUCGCUACAUUAGUCUACCUCAGCCGCGUACAUUAUCGCGUUAUUUUGACGUGACGCACGCCACUGCCCAACUUGCGCCAACCUUAAUCAGUAAGGUUAAUACUGCCGUACAAUUGGCCACUGUUGCUAUCACUUUGGGAGCACCAAUCUGGAGCUACGUUGAUCAUCCGUAUCUGCAUGCACUCUGGUAUCUGACCGGAGUAACCACAGCGGCAGCCGCUUUGAGUUAUAUCGUUAACAAAGACACAUAUAAAAUAUUGAAGAAAAAAUAGGUGCAGUAGCAGCCAUAGCAGCUGAGAAAAUCCUGAAGUUUCGUGUCGGUUUUAUAAUUUUGGUUCAAACCUUUAAAAAAAACAUUGGUAACAAUAAAGUUAAAUGUUAAUUUAA